CCCCGCCCGGCCUGAGGGGAGGAACCGGCCGGGCCUCGCCGCGCGGCCCAGCCAGCUCCGGAGUAUUCGCUGCUCUUCGCUGAGCUCUACACCCAAGGCUACCCCUCGCGCCUUAGGCCGACGCCAUGAAGAUCAAGGAUGCCAAAAAACCCUCUUUCCCAUGGUUUGGCAUGGACAUUGGGGGAACUCUGGUAAAGCUCUCAUAUUUUGAACCUAUUGAUAUCACAGCAGAGGAAGAACAAGAGGAAGUUGAGAGCUUAAAAAGCAUUCGGAAGUAUUUGACUUCUAACGUAGCGUAUGGAUCAACUGGCAUUCGGGAUGUACACCUUGAACUGAAGGACUUAACACUUUUUGGACGAAGAGGGAACUUGCACUUUAUCAGAUUUCCAACCCAGGACCUGCCUACUUUUAUCCAAAUGGGAAGAGAUAAAAACUUCUCAACCUUACAAACGGUGCUGAGUGCUACAGGAGGCGGUGCUUACAAGUUUGAGAAAGAUUUUCGCACAAUUGGAAACCUCCACCUGCACAAACUGGAUGAACUUGACUGCCUUGUAAAGGGCUUGCUGUAUAUAGAUUCUGUCAGUUUCAAUGGGCAAGCAGAAUGCUAUUAUUUUGCUAAUGCCUCAGAACCUGAACGAUGCCAAAAGAUGCCUUUUAACCUGGAUGAUCCUUAUCCACUGCUGGUAGUGAAUAUUGGCUCAGGAGUCAGUAUUUUAGCAGUUCAUUCCAAAGACAACUAUAAAAGAGUGACUGGGACAAGCCUUGGAGGAGGUACGUUUCUUGGUUUAUGCAGCUUAUUGACUGGCUGUGAAAGUUUUGAAGAGGCUCUUGAAAUGGCAUCCAAAGGUGACAGCACCCAAGCUGAUAGGCUGGUCCGUGAUAUAUAUGGUGGAGAUUAUGAAAGAUUUGGUCUGCCAGGCUGGGCUGUGGCAUCCAGUUUUGGGAAUAUGAUUUAUAAGGAGAAGCGAGAAACUGUUAGUAAAGAGGAUCUGGCGAGAGCUACUUUAGUUACUAUCACCAAUAACAUUGGUUCUGUGGCACGAAUGUGUGCUGUUAAUGAGAAAAUAAACAGAGUUGUCUUCGUUGGAAACUUUCUACGUGUCAAUACUCUCUCUAUGAAACUUCUGGCAUAUGCUUUGGAUUACUGGUCAAAAGGUCAAUUGAAAGCAUUGUUUCUAGAACAUGAGGGAUACUUUGGAGCCGUUGGUGCACUUCUUGGACUGCCAAAUUUCAGCUAAAACGUCAGAGAACUUUAUGAAGAAAUGUCAUCCAGGAGGAACUGAUCCAGAGACUGUAUUCAUUAUUUGUUACUGGGAACCAAAGGAUAAAAGAGUAACACUAUUUGUGUUGAUUUUAAAUGUCAGAACGGUGAGCUCAUGAGCUUUGCUGCCUGGAAAGACCUCUGUAAUGGGAAGUAUUCCUCAUUGAUUGUCCCCUGUUUGUAUAUAUAGCCAGCGUUCUAUCUUAUAUGCAAUACAGCCUCUUGAUUGUUGAACUUUUCUCAAAAAAUGAUUUUCUAUUUAUUUGAUGUAGCCAGCAUUGUAGUACUGUAUGUUCAAACACACUUCAAAUCUCAGAAAUGUUUGCUUAUGCAA